CGAGGUAGCCAAACAGGAAGUGAUCCCGCUGCAUUCAAGCCUGUUUUGGUCAAUGCAGGUUUUGCUAAAUACUUUUACAUGGUAAAAACAACAACAAAGAAACAAUGGCUUGAUAACUUUGAUUUCCAGCUACAGUUAGAGAAAUAAAAAAAUGGAUACGAAAACAACGGUGCCACAGGCCCUAAAAGCUAAAUUGAUGCUUUGGACAGAUGUAAGCUACCAUGACAUGGAGGAGAUUGACAGAAUGCAGUCCAUUCCUGAUCUGGAGAGCGCUUUAUGCAGUGUGUUCGAAGUCGAACUUCCUGAACCGAGAAGAGGAGUCCUGCUGGAGCUGUAUAUCCAGGCUGUGCUUUUUUGCAGAGAGUGCAACUUUAAAAAAGAGCAAACUUCGGCUCUCUUGUCCAUCAUCAAGUCCAUCCAUGAGGUUAACAUAGAAACGCCACUCAACGACAUAGAACAGUGUUUCAAAUACUGCAAGGAGCUACUUCUCUGUCACUCAGUCAGGCGACCCCCCUUUAGCAUCAACCUCUUCAGCUCUGAGGAGGUGGACCGCGUCUUAAAGUACAUCUAUAACAGCUACAUGAGACACUACAAACUCUACAAAUAUAUUUUCACUCCACAGUUUAAACUUGAUUUGUCUUUGACUUACUCUGGAAUGCCAGACCAGGAUGAUCCUAACAUGGAGGAUUCUUCUGCUCCAGAUGUGAUGACAUCUGGUGAACCAGAAACAGAGACAGACAGCUCUCCUCAAACACAGGAAGCAUCCAUCGACGAAGAGCCAGAGGGGGCCGCACUCGAUUCAAAAUCAGAACUGAAGGCACUGAUCGAGAAAGAGGUCAGAGAGCAGAUGACGCUCGUGUCUGGACAACUAGAUCAGCGAAUGAAAGACAUUGAAAAUCAGCACAACAGCCCACCAAAUUCUCGACGGUCCAGCCACAAGGCCAAAAAAAAUAAUGGAUGAGAAACGCUGAUUUUGAAUAAGCGCUCACACAAAAUACCACAAUUAAAGUUCAAACAUUAGUUUUAUUGUCAAUAAAA